AAUCCUUAAAAUAAAAAACAUCAUAGUAGCAGUAUUGUUGUUCUGCUAUCAAUGGAGCUCGAUAAAAUCCCAAUCGGUUCGUGCUCCAAAGAGCAUCACAACAUUUACCAACACUGGUUCAAUCAUGCUGAUUCAGAUGCUCAUGGCCGCCUUUCCAAGACUGAUGCCACCAACUUUUUCGCCAUGUCUAAUUUGUCUCCUCAACAUCUUAGUCAGGUGUGGGCUAUUGCAGAUUCAAAGCAACAAGGUUAUCUUGGUUUUCAAGAGUUUAUCCUUGCUAUGCAGCUACUUUCUUUGGGACAAUCUGGGCAACCGAUAACACAGGAUGUGCUGACAAGUGAUGUUGAUUUGAAAAAUCUGAAACCUCCCAUAAUGGAGGGUUUGGAUGCAAUACUGGCUAAGAAAAUGCAUAAACAAAAAGAUGCGGAUGCAAAUGGCAGUUCUCAAUUACAACCAUCACUGUUAAGUAGUUGGUUUUCUUCAAUGUCAACGAAAAAGGUUCCACUUUCCUCCGUGACAUCAAUAAUUGAUGGCCUGAAGAGACUCUACAUCCAAAAGUUGAAGCCUUUAGAAGUGACUUACCGCUUUAAUGAUUUUGUCUCCCCAUUAUUGACAAAUAGUGAUUUUGAUGCCAAACCUAUGGUUAUGCUUUUGGGUCAAUAUUCAACUGGUAAAACAACAUUUAUCAAACAUCUGCUUAAAUGUAGUUAUCCAGGUGCACAUAUUGGACCCGAGCCUACUACUGAUAGAUUUGUUGUUGUCAUGUCUGGACCUGAUGAGAGAAGGAUUCCUGGAAAUACUGCUGCAAUCCAAGCAGAUAUGCCGUUUAGUGGACUCACAACUUUUGGCACAACUUUUUUGUCAAAAUUUGAGUGUUCACAAAUGCCUCAUCCUCUACUGGAGCACAUUACAUUUGUGGACAGUCCUGGAGUUCUUUCUGGAGAAAAGCAACGGACGCAACGAGCAUAUGAUUUUACGGGCGUAACAUCUUGGUUUGCCGCUAAGUGUGAUUUGAUACUCCUCUUAUUUGAUCCUCACAAACUUGACAUUAGUGAUGAGUUCAAUCGCGUGAUAUCAUCCUUACGGGGACAUGAUGAAAAAAUUCGAGUGGUUUUGAACAAGGCAGAUCAAGUUGAUACUCAACAACUAAUGAGGGUUUAUGGAGCCUUAAUGUGGUCUCUAGGGAAAGUGUUGAACACACCUGAAGUCAUUCGGGUGUAUAUUGGCUCUUUUAACGACAAGCCUGUAAAUGAUGGUGUCGGUGGUUCAACCGGAAAUGAACUGUUCGAAAAAGAACAGGAAGACCUUCUUUUAGAUAUGAAAGAUAUACCAAAGGCGGCUUGUGAUCGAAGAAUCAAUGAAUUUGUUAGACGAGCCCGAGCUGCCAAGAUACAUGCUUACAUUAUCGGUCAUCUUAAAAAGGAGAUGCCCGCAAUGAUGGGCAAAGCUAAAGCUCAGCAAAAACUAAUUGAUAACUUGGCAGGCGAAUUUGGAAAGGUACAAAGAGAGUUCCAUUUACCUCCAGGUGACUUUCCAAAUGUUGAGCAUUUCAGAGAAAAAUUGCGAGGUUAUAAUAUUGAUAAGUUUGAGAAAUUGAGGCCAAAAAUGAUACAAGUAGUUGAUGACAUGCUUGCCCACGACAUUCCUAACCUUUUGAAGAAGUUCAAAAAUCCCUCUGGCGGUGAGGUUACUUCAAAAUGGAGUGCGUCGUCAGAUGGUACAAAUGUUGCGUGCGAAAGGCGCCGAUAUUAUUCUAAGUUGUAGUAUGACAAAAUUUAGGAGAUUGGGUUUACUUGUUUAUAGUCAGUUGUAGUAGAAUAUUGUCAUUUCCCCAGAUAUGCUAGUAUUAGGGGGAUCCUUUUGCUUAUAAAAAAGCAUUCAGAAUCCUUUCUCACCAAUACUAACGAAAAUAAACAAGAGUUGCUGGAAAUGAAUUAAUUGAUGAAAGAGAAUACCUUUGUUAGGAGACAUUGACAAAUCUAUGCAAGUGUGUAAUUAAAAUUAUGUAUCUCGUGUUAGAAUUUGGAAUCAAUUGGUUGGUGAAAAUGGAGAGAGUUUGAAUGUGAAGAGUGAAAAAGAGAUAGAGAAUUAGAAAGAAUAUAAUUGAGAGCGAUAAUGUUUACAUCAUCGAUAAUAAUAUCUCCAAGGUAUUUAAACAAUUA